AUGGAAACAGAAGAUGCUCACUUGGCUCUUUUUAAUCGUCAGCCUCACCUUCUAAAGUUCUGGGACAACUUAUCUCAAGAACAGCGCGAAUUUUUAAUUGCGCAGUACAGAGCCAUUGAUGUUGAUGAUGCCAUUGAGAACUUUAAACUUUCUGCUGUUCAACCAGAGUUACGCGGGAUAGACAGCAUUGAGGAGAGCCGGUGUUCUGCCGCUGAGAAACUUAAUGCAACCGACCUUUCUCGUUAUUGGGAAAAAGGUUUAAAGGCGAUUGCGGAGGGUAAAGUUGCAGUAGUAGUCUUAGCUGGUGGACAGGCAAGUCGUUUAGGAGCUACUUCACCCAAAGGAAUGCUCAGUAUUGGUAUUAAAAGUUGCGAUUCACUCUUUGAGCUGCAAGCUGCCCGCAUUGCUCGUUUACAACAUCUUGCUGAGAGGGAAUUUCCCGGAAGAAAAGGUGUCAUUCAAUGGCUUGUAAUGACAAGUGAUCACACAAAAGAAGAAACUACUGAGCAUUUUAAAAAAAUUAUUUCAAAAUUUGGUCUUUCUAUGGACCAAGUUACUAUAUUUAAACAAGGAAAGAUGCCUUGCUUUGACUUGGAGGGAAAUUUUAUUCUCGCUGACAAAGGCAAAAUAGCACUAGCUCCAGAUGGAAACGGAGGACUUUAUGCAGCAAUUGAGCCUUACUUGGAAAAACUGCACUCCUUGGGUACGAAGUACUUUCAUGUUUACUGCGUUGACAAUAUUUUAUGUCGGGUAGCUGAUCCUCAUUUUCUUGGUUUCUGCAUUGAAAAUAAUGCUGAUUGUGCUGCUAAAGCGGUAGAAAAAACAGAUCCUAAUGAAGCAGUUGGUGUGAUAUGUCGUGUUGAUGGGAAAGUUAAGGUUGUAGAAUAUUCAGAAUUGGACCAGUCUCUCGCAGAGAAAAGGUUACCGGAUGGGCUGUGCACUAAAGAGUGCAGGCUUUCAUUCCACAGAGCUUCUAAAAAAAUCCCCUACGUAAAUGACAGUGGAAUCGUUGUGAAGCCAAAUUACCCAAACGGAGUAAAGAAUUUUUUUGUUUGGGAAGUUUCUCGAGGUAAAGAGUUCAGUCCGCUGAAGAACGCCGACAGUGUAGGAAAAGACUGCUUGAAGACAUGCAAAAGAGAUUUACAGGCUGAGCAUCGUCGAUGGUUGGCUAAAGCUGGAGCUAUAAUAGAAGGAGAUGGACACAUUUUUAUUCAUCCAUUGAAAUCUUACAUUGGAGAGGACCUUGAAGAAUUUAAAGGACAACAUUUAAGUACUCCUUUAAUCUUGGCACCAGAAGAGUGA